AUGGCAGCCCGUCUUGUAACCGGCACCUCCAGAUUUGACCACAUUUCUCCAACUCUCCGUCAAUUACACUGGCUUCCGGUCAAGAAACGCAUUGUGUUUAAGCUAAUGCUUAUUACAUAUAAAUCAUUGAACAACCAGUCACCAGCAUACAUCCGUGAGAUGAUUGUGACAAGAUCCACGACUUGUACAAGAUCCCUUAGGUCAACAACCGAUAAAUCUGUGCUAUUCGUUCCCCAAUGUCGUCUCAGAACUUAUGGUGAUCGAGCAUUUGCAGUUGCUGCCCCUAAGCUUUGGAACAGCCUGCCCGAUUAUGUACGCCAGGCACCUUCAACUGGGAUUUUCAAAAGCCGAUUGAAAACUCAUCUUUAUAACUCACUAUAG